AUGAAGCGCUCUUCUUCUCGUGCCUCUGCCCCGUCGGCAAUCAACAUCAACACCACCGCACCCAUCACAAGCCCUCUUACCUCGCCCAAGUCUCCAGAUAGCUACAACGAGAUGAGGUUCUCGUACGACUCCGGGACAACAAUGGCCCCUACCAACAGCCGAAAGGAUUCGGGGAACACAGCCAGCUCGGCAGAGUCAUCAUCAAGGCCACUAGGAAGAUCCAAGUCACACAACAAGCACGUCAACGCACAUAGCUACUGCGGACGACACUCGACUGAGUUCCUGUUUGGAGGUCGUUCCAUCAGGGACCUCUUGAGCAACCUUAAGCACCGAAGAGACUCGCGGGAGUGA